CAAUCAGAGCGCUGGAAUGAGAACUGCCCAAUCAGGCGCGCAGCCAGAGAGGAGGGGGCGGCAUCCGGGAUCUAGCGCGGCCUUGGCCUCUUGCUUCAGCCAGAGCCGGGUUAGGGCAUUACGGUCCGGCUUCCCAUUCUCAGGGAGGCCUCGGUGAUUCCUCCACAGCCUCAGCCUCCGUCGCUCUGUGACCAGCGGGUAUUGGAUGAUUCUAGCUAAGACUUCGCGACACCCUUGAAGCCCUGAAAUGGAACCCUUAACAUUCAGGGAUGUGGCCAUAGAAUUCUCUCCAGAAGAGUGGAAAUGCCUGGACCCUGCCCAGCAGAAUCUGUAUAGAGAUGUGAUGUUGGAGAACUACAGAAACCUGGUCUCCCUGGCUAUGUGUUCUCAUUUCACCCAAGACUUUUUGCCAGUGCAGGGGAUAGAAGAUUCAUUCCACAAAUGUAUACUGAGAAGAUAUGAGAAAUGUGGGCAUGAGAAUUUACAAUUAAGGAAAGGCUGUAAAAGUAUGAAUGUGUGUAAAGUGCAGAAAGGAGGUUAUAAUGGAAUUAAUCAAUGCUUGCCAAAUACCCAGAGCAAAAUAUUUCAAUGUAAUGUAGGUGUCAAAGUUUUUAGUAAAUUUGCAAAUUCAAACAAAGACAAGACAAGACAUACUGGAGAGAAACACUUUAAAUGUAACCAAUACGACAAGUCAUUUCAGAAGUUCUCAGACAUAACUCAACAUAAAGGAAUUCAUGCUGGAGAGAAACCCUACACAUGUGAAGAAUGUGGCAAAGACUUUGGAUGGUCUAUAGCCCUGAAUCAACACAAGAAAAUUCAUACUGGAGAGAAACCUUACAAAUGUGAAGACUGUGGCAAAGCCUUUGGACGGUCCACAGCCCUGAAUCAACACAAGAAAAUUCAUACUGGAGAGAAACCUUACAAAUGUGAAGAGAGUGGCAAAGCCUUUAGUAGGUCAAGAAACCUUGCUGCACAUAAGAGAAUUUACACCGGAGACAAACCCUACACAUACGAAGAUCGUGGCAGAGACUUUGGAUGGUCCACAAACCUGAAUGAAUAUAAGAAAAUUCAUACUGGAGAUAAACCCUACAAAUAUAAAGAAUGUGGGAAAGUGUUUAAACAUUCCUCACACCUGAAUACACAUGAGAAAAUUCAUACUAGAAAGAAACCCGUCAAAUGUAAGGAAUGUGGCAAAGUCAUUACCUCAUCCUCAAGCUUUGCUCAACAUAAGAGGAUUCAUACAGGUGAGAAACCCUUUAAAUGUUUAGAAUGUGGUAAAGCCUUUAAUCGUUCCACAAUCCUUACUAAACAUAGGAGAAUUCAUACUGGAGAAAAACCCUACACAUGUGAAGAAUGCGGCAAAGCCUUUAGACAGUCUGCAAUCCUUUAUGUACAUAGGAGAAUUCAUACUGGAGAGAAACCCUACACAUGUGAAGAAUGCGGCAAAACCUUUAGACAGUCUGCAAACCUUUAUGCACAUAGGAGAAUUCAUACUAGAGAGAAACCUUACAAAUGUGAAGGUAAUGGCAAAGCCUUUGGACAGUACACAGGGCUGGAUCGACAUAGGUACAUUCAUAUUCGAGAGAAACCUUUACAAAUGUGA